AGCCGGACACCUUGUGUCUGAUUACGUCACGAGCUAGCUAAACUUUAGAAAAGUCCCACUGUGUUUAAAGUGUCGCUUCUCCUUUUUUAGGCGCGUGCACACGAGAGACCGUGUUGUACUAUACUGAAGUGCUGCGUGUGUGUGUGUGUGUGUGUGCGCGUGCGUGUGUGUGUGCCCUUAGAACAUUCGUAUAAAUGUAGCCCCUUACUUAUGUUCCUCUAAUAUAACACAGCUCCUUUAUGUGACCAAAAGGGUUAGAAACAAUUAGCGUAGUUGCUAAUAACUUGUCAACUUAAGGACUCUGUAUCGGUGGGAGAGAGGGUUGUUAUUAGCGAUGCAGUGAUCAAAUGGGAUCAUCUUGAUCUGUCACUCCGGUUUAACGGGUCUCUUUUUGAAGUUGUUUGUAUUCACCGGAGCUGUGAGUGACACCCCAUGGUCGAGUUCAAUCUGGAACUGGUGGCCGUCCUGGCGUCCGACCUCCAUGUCCCUUUUGAAGACGACAGAGUCCAAGAUUCUUGCUUGUAUUCAGAAUGACCUAUGGGCUCGGUUUGUGACCCUGCCAAACCAGGAUCGCAUAUGGACUCUGACUCUCACCAAGAAGGCGGCGCCAAAGCCUGCAGAACAAGUCCUUAAGACUCCCCUGGUGAUGGUCCACGGCUUCGGAGGUGGGGUAGGCCUGUGGAUCCGGAACAUGGACACGCUGAGUCGGUCGCGGCCUCUCUACGCCUUUGACCUCCUGGGCUUCGGCAGGAGCUCCAGGCCUCCCUUCCCCUCGGAUGCCGCCAAGGCGGAGGAGCAGUUCGUCGACUCCAUCGAGCAGUGGAGACAGUCCUUGGGCCUGGAGAACAUGGUUCUGCUGGGACACAGUCUCGGGGGGUACCUGGCUACCUCCUACGCCAUCCAGUACCCUUCUAGAGUGUCGCAUCUGAUCCUGGUGGACCCAUGGGGUUUCCCUGAGCAACCCAAGACCCAGGAGGGUCAAGACCAAGGUACGGAGGUGGUGAAGCGGCCCCCCCUGCCGCGCUGGGUGAAGGCCAUUGCUGCAGUGGUGUCCCUCUUCAAUCCGCUAGCAGUCAUCAGAGCCGCAGGGCCGUGGGGUCCAGGCUUGGUGAACAGAUUUCGUCCCGAUUUCAAAAGGAAAUUUGAAGAUCUGUUUGAGGAUGACACCAUGACGCAGUACAUCUACCACUGUAACGCGCAAACCCCGAGUGGCGAGGUGGGUUUCCGGGCCAUGGCGGAGUCUCUGGGCUGGGCCAAGAGGCCCAUGCUGCAACGGGUUCACCAGCUGCCCGCCUCCAUGCCCCUCACCAUGGUGUACGGAGCUCGAUCCUGGGUGGACAGCUCGUCGGGGGACAGCGUGGUCCAGAUUAGGAACCAGGCCUCGACCAAAGUCAUCCUGAUAGACGACGCUUCCCACCAUGUGUAUGCUGAUCAACCAGAGGAGUUCAACAGAGUGGUGGAAAAGAUAUGCAACUCUGUUAAGUGAUGGCCAGUGUGUGUGUGUGUGUAAAAGGACUGAAAGUAUAUAGACAAUUCAUGAUGGGGUAUUUAGCACUACAACCUGUGCAUGUAUAAAUGCUGGAUGGCUUGGUGUCUGUGGCAUAUCGAGACAUCCAGUAGCUCAACAUGCGUUUGGAUGUUCUUUGUUUCUGAGUCCUGUUCUCAUAGCAACAGGCUGUUGAUAUUAUUUUUGCCAAGUUCUGUUGUACGGGGAAAACACUAUUGAAUAUGUUUGUUAAUGUGAUCACACAGAGUAAUAAUUGUGCUAAAUGAUGUUGGCCAUUGUGUUUUAACAGUAAGUGAAACACACACUUGUGUGACGGAGCAGCCACAUGGCUACUGACUCACACUUCUUUUUUUUAUGUGUCACUACUGUAUUAAAUAUCUUGUUUUUAAUCCUUGCUUUUCUCUUUUAUAUAUUCCGCACCGUAUCAAACGGCUGCUUGUAUUUUAUACCUUGAAAACAAUAAAUGCUUAUUUGACAAACUGCGACUGUGGAAGUCCAUGCGACGCACUAUGCGGUCCAACCAGUAGAGGGCACUAACGCGUGUCAUUCCCAUUUGUUUCAUUGGUGGCGGUUUUUUUUUUACGUUACUGCCUGUAGGCAGUGGGACAUGGAAAUGGCUAAGUGAAAGUCCUUAAUUCAAAAUGUUGUGUUCGUAAAAGUGCACAAAUAUUAUCGGCCAAAUGUAAAAGUGCCAGUUAUUGCCCCCUAUCGCUGUUAUAUUUGAUAAAUAAUUAAAACGUCAUCGGCAGUGAUAAGUUUUAAAAAAUCAUUUUAAUGUUGCCGCUAGCUGAAAUAAAAGUUUUCUAUUUUACAUGAUGUAAGUUUGAUCUCUUUAAUAAAAGACCAAAUAUGAAUGUGUUGUAUCUGAAAA